AUGAUGCAGUCAUUCCUGAUGACGGCUGACGAGGAGCAAGGCCAACACAAGGUACUCAUUACCUGGGUGCAGCAGGUCCGCGACCUGGCCUACAAGGUGGAGGACAGCCUCAUGGAUUUCGGCCUCCACGCAGAGAAGAAGCCGAUCUGGGGGUGCAUCCCCUGUGACCUAUGUGAUCGACGCCGCAUCGCCAUUGAAGUGAAGGAGCUAAGGGCAAAGGUGGAGGACGUCAGCAGCAGAAACCUGCGGUACCGCCUCAUCAAGGAAGGUUCAUCCGGCUCCAAGCCUGCUGCUGCUGCUGCAGAAGAGCAGGCCAGCCUUGCCAGCGCGGAAAUGUUUGGCAUCAAUGAAGCAAGGCUUGCCGCCGUAGAGGAGGGGAAACCCAUGGUGGAUCUCGGUCAGCUGGUCACCAGCGGAGAGGAGAAGCUUGGCAUGAUCGCGGUGUGGGGAACUGGCGGUGAUCUUGGCAAGGCAAACGAGAUCAGGAAGGUCUAUGAUAGCAAACAAGUGUUUGACGAGUUUGGAUGCCGUGCUUGGGUUAGGCUGAUGCAUCCUUUCGACCCGAAAGAUUUCCUUCACAGCCUUGUAAGGCAGUUCUAUGAAAAUUCUCCAAAGGAAAUUGAAAAGGCACAAGAAGGGACAACUGUAGGGGUUAACGUCCUGAUGAAGAUGGAGAGCAUGGGACAAGGUGACUUGUUUCGUGUGUUUAAUGCACAUGUUACUGAAAACCGGUACCUUGUUGUGAUUGAUGAUUUAUCCACUAUUGUCGAAUGGGAUUGCAUCAAAAGUUUCUUCCCAAGAAACAAGAGAGGCAGCAGAAUCAUAUUGUCAACACGCCAAGCAGAAAUUGCAAGUUUGUGCCCGGACCAACCCCUCCGAGUAACAGCGCUUAAGCAGCUGUCAUCAGAUCAGGCACUUUAUCUGUUCCACCAGGAGGUUAUUCCUGCACCAGUUGUUGCAGAGACCGGGUCAGGCACGGCAAAAGUUAUCACUACUAAAGACAACCUAUCAAAGUCCACAAGUGAAAUAGAGGUGGAAAAUCAAUGGCCGAUGUGUACUGGUGGAGAUACAGUUAAUAAUUCUACUCCUGUAAAGAAGCUUGAUCGCAGUAUCACAAAGAUACUGGUUGAGGAGUUGUUCACUGGGAGGGAAGCAGAGCAAGAUCAUGUUAUCAAUUUAGUUGGUAAACCAGAAAACAAUCAAGAAUCUAAGGUGAUCUCAGUGUGGGGAAUGGGAGGUCUUGGGAAGACCACUCUUGUUCGGAGCGCCUACCGAAACCAACAGCUUGGUGGCUGGAAGCGUGCUUGGGUCACUGCAUUGCGCCCAUUCGACUCUAAAGUGCUCAUCAGAAAUUUAGCUUUGCAACUACUGAGUGAUGUCCAAGAAGAUCCUACUGAAGCAACAGCAACUGGAGAAGAAAAGAAGAAGAUAGCAACAAUGGGACUUCAAGAGCUGGUUGAAGAAUUAAAUCUCCAUCUCAAAAAUAAAAGGUGCCUCAUUGUUCUUGAUGAUAUAUCAACCACUGCAGAAUGGGAUUUGGUCAGUAGUUGCUUGAAAAAUGCUGGAAUAGUCAUAGUGACCACAAGGGAGAAAAAAGUUGCCAAACAUUGUUCAGGAGAAGACAACAUGUAUCGUCUUGAAGGUCUGAAAGAUGCUGCUGCACUUGAUCUCUUAAAAAAGAAGGUGUUUAAGGACAAGGCAGGAAAGGUUAAUUUGGCCCUUGAUAUGGAGGAACAAGCAAAACUUAUCUUAAAGAAAUGUGGUGGACUUCCCCUUGCAAUAUCAACUAUAGGUGGAUUCCUAGCCACUAAGCCUAAGACUGCUGUUGAAUGGAGGAAGAUGCACGGCCGUAUUAGUGCUGAGUUGGAGAUCAACCCAGAGCUUAGGACUAUAAAGACAGUCCUUAUGAGGAGUUAUGAUGGCUUACCCUACCACCUCAAGUCAUGUUUCUUAUACAUGUCCAUAUUCCCAGAAGACUACAUCAUUAAGCGCAAACGUUUGGUGAGGCGAUGGAUUGCAGAGGGCUAUUGCAAGGAGAUGCAUGGCAUGACAGCAGAAGAAGUUGGUGACACUUACUUUGAUGAGCUUUUAGAGAGGAGUAUGAUUCUUCCACGGGAAGGUAUAAACCAUCAUAGUGGGAAAAUUGAUUCUUGUCAGCUUCAUGAUAUCAUUCGUGAAAUAUGCAUCUCCAAGGCCAGGGAGGAGAACCUUGUUUUUACACUUGAGGAAGGAUGUUGUUUUAGCAGUUCACAAGGUCCAAUACGGCAUAUUGCCAUUAGCAGCAAUUGGAAAAGAGAUAAAGAUGUGUUUGAUAUGCUGGACUUGUCGCAUGUGAGAUCACUGACUGUGUAUGGAGAGUGGAGACCGUAUUUCAUCUCUAAGAAGAUGAGGUUCCUCCGAGUGCUCGAUUUGGAGGACACAUCAAGGUUCAUAAAUCACCAUCUUGAUGAAAUUGGGCAGCUCCAUCACCUCAGAUAUCUCUCUAUACGAAAUUGUGUUUAUAUUUGGUACCUUCCUAAUUCAAUUGGGAAUUUGAGCCACCUCCAAACACUGGAUAUCAAAGGCACACAUAUAUUAGAACUGCCAACAACUAUCACCAAGCUUCACAAGCUACAACACCUCCAUGCAGAUGGUUAUUCUAUUGGCACAGAAAAGGAGUAUGACAUUCUCUCUUCACAAUAUUAUUCGAUACGUAGUGCAUCUCCCCAGUACACGUCACCGUUCGGGCGCUAUAGAGGAAAGACAUGUAGCUGCAGAUAUUUGCAAUCACAGAGAACCAUGUGUCGGCUCCGGGUUAUCCUUUUGCUGAUUCUAGUCAAAUUGUUUUGGAGUGCACAACUUUCAGAACUUGGUUUGAACAUGCACGAUAUAUUCAACCUGCAGCACUAUCUCUGGGUGUGUUUAGACAGUUUACAUGUGGAUGGUGUUAAAGCUCCAAGUAGGACAGGAAAAUUGACGUCCAUGCAAACACUGGGUGUUGUCAAUGUUUCAAGGGGGGAGGAAAAGGUCCUAAAGGAGUUCAGUGCACUUACCCAGCUACGUAAGCUUCAUGUGACUGGUAUCAGCAAGGGAAACCAGAAGAAAUUUUGGUCUGCCAUUGCUGCUCACAACCAACUUCGUUCUUUGACAGUGCAUGGCGAUGAGGCUAUUAUAGCUGGUUUUGGGGACAGUGAUGAUAUUCUAGAUGGUUGUUUGGGCGCGGAUUUGUUGCCACCAAAACACCUUGAGAGCCUCAAGUUGGUCGGGCCCCUAGGCAAAGUGCCAGAUUGGAUGCAUCACCUACGGAGUCUAUCAAAGUUGGACCUAAAGGCCAGCGGGCUGAAGGAAGCUGUUGACAUACAAACCGUCGGGGGUUUACCAAACCUUACAGUUUUACGACUAAGGGGAGGAACAAUUGUCAUGGAUGAUCUGCAGUUCCUCAGCUCAUCUUUUCCGGGCCUGCUGGUGCUCGAGAUUUACGUCCAACUUUUGAGUUUUGGAAAGGACGCAAUGCCUAAGCUCGAGCUGCUACAAACUAAUAGAUACGUGAAGAUGAAGGGGCUACAAUUUCUCACGAACCUCAAGGAAAUUCGGAUGGAUGGUGAAGGCAUCUAUAAGAUGAAGAUACAGUUAGAGAAGCAGUAUGCGGAGCAUCCAAAUCUCAAGAACAUCAGCUUGAAGCUGAUUAGCUGA